AAAAAAUACAAGUUCAUUAUUGUCUUUCAAGCAAUUAGAGUAAACCAGAGUCGACGGCGUUCCCCAGAGCCUUCCUCUUCAUCCUCCUCCACGUCAGAUAGUGGGUCUCCUAACCCUAAGAGAAGAAGAAACCAGACUAGCUCAGUUACCAUUGGUAAUCAAUUUCUGAUUCACUGCCAGUAAAUCGGGUCAAUCAGCAGAUCUUAUUACCAUUGUGAAGAGUGAGACCGGAGUUUUUUAGCUCUAUCCGACAGAUCUGAUCAAAGCCUCUCAUCAGUUCAAGUUGAUGGCUUCUUCUUCCAACAAUCCAGACGAAGAGUAUGAUGUUUUCCUUAGUUUUAGAGGCGAGGACACCCGGAAUAAUUUUACAAGCCAUCUGGACGCAGCUUUGCGUCAUAAAAAGAUUCAAACUUUCAUCGAUGACGAACUCGAGAGAGGAGAAGAAAUUUCAUCAUCUCUAUUAGAGGCAAUUGAACGGUCAAUGAUUUCUGUUGUCGUUUUGUCAGAAAAUUAUGCCUCUUCCAGAUGGUGUUUAGAAGAACUUGCAAAGAUCCUUGACUGCAAAAAAAGGUUCGGACAGAUGGUAAUACCAAUUUUCUAUCACGUUGAUCCAUCACAUGUGAGGAAUCAAACUGGAGCUUUUGGGAAAGCAUUUAACGCACUCAAAAAGCGUUUUGAGGAGAGGUUAGAUGUGCUACAGAGAUUUAUUUCUGGGCUCUGCCCCUUGUUUUACCCAAAAAAGGAAAAUGAUCUGCUACAGAGAUGGGAGACUGCUUUGAUGGAAGUAGGCAAAAUCUCUGGAAUUACUACAGAUAGCAAGGAUGAAUCUGAACUCAUAGGAAAAAUUGUUAUGGAUAUAUUAAAGAGACUAGAAAAAAUGUCUCUAAGUGAUUACAGUGACCUAAUUGGAGUAGAAUUUGUCAUCAAAGAAAUUGAGUCUUUGUUGAAAAUUGGGUCCAAUGAUGUUUGUAUUGUGGGGAUUUGGGGCCUUGGUGGAAUAGGCAAAACAUCUAUUUGUCAUGCAAUAUUCAACAAAUAUUGGAGCGACUUUGAAGAUUCUUUCUUUGCUGAAAAUGUUAGGGAAGAAUCAGUUAAUAGCACGAGACUAAUUGCCUUGCGUAGAGAACUUCUUGGCGAAAUAUUAGGGGAUAGAAAUGCCAAUCCGGCUCUCACCUUCACAAAACAAAGACUUGCCCGUAAGAAGGCUCUCAUUGUUUUUGAUGAUGUGACUUCUUCAAACCAAAUAGAAAAUUUAAUUGGAGAUCCCAAAUGUUUAGGUUUAAGAAGUCGAAUUAUUAUAACAUCACGAGAUAAACAUGUUCUUGAUCAUUUUUGUGAGGCAAAUAGGAUAUACAAGCUUGAGGGAUUGUCUGAUCAUGCAGCUCUUCAGCUUUUUAGCCAUCAUGCCUUCAGACAUAAUGGGGAUACAAGUGAAGAGUACGCGAAGCUAUCAAAAUGGAUGGUAACAUAUGCUAAAGGUGUCCCAUUAACUCUUAAAGUUUUAGGCUCUUUUCUAUUAGGAAAGACAAAGGAAGAAUGGGAAAGUGCAAUGAAUAAAUUAAAAAGAUGUCUUCAUAAGGAUAUCCAAAGUGUGUUGAAAAUAAGCUUUGAUGGAUUAGAUUAUGAAGAGAAGGAGAUAUUCUUAGAUAUUGCAUGCUUCUUUAAGGGGAGUCAUAGAGAUCUUAUAAUAGAUGUCAUGGAUUCUUGUGGCUACUUCGCAAAGUAUGGGUUGAGUGUUCUCAUCGACAAGUCUCUCAUUAUUGUAUCAAAUAAUAUGAUAACAAUGCAUGAUUUACUUGAAGAAAUGGGUAGAGAAAUUGUUAGACAAGAAUCUAUUGAAGAUCCUAACAAAUGCAGUCGUUUAUUUCACUAUGAAGAUAUAUAUAAUGUUCUGACAAGUAAUAAGGAGACUGAAGCAAUUAAAGGGAUAUGUCUAGAUGUGUCUCGAGUAAAAAAAAUACACAUAAGUCCUCACGCUUUCUCAAGGAUGCAAAACCUAAAAUAUCUUAAAGUCUAUGACUCGCACUAUGGAAAGGGUUUUAAUAAGCUGUAUGGAUUUCAAAAUGUGGAUUUUGAAUUCCUUAAGCUAAAAUACCUCUCUUGGCCUAGGUAUGCAUGGAAAUCAUUGCCUCCGAAAUUUAAUCCAAAGAACCUUGUUGCACUUGAGAUGCCUGGAAGCAAGAUUAAGCAACUUUGGCAUGGGGCCCAGGAUAUUGUAAAUUUAAAACAUAUUGACCUCAAGAAAUCUAGACAUUUACUAAGAUGUCCUAACCUUUCAAGGGCCAAAAAUCUUGAGACUCUAAAUUUAGAAGAUUGUACAAGUUUGAUUGAGAUUCACUCAUCUAUUCAGUAUCUCAAUAAGCUUUCUACCUUAAUUUUAACAAAUUGCACAAGCCUUUGCAGUAUUCCAUCAGGAAUUUAUUCAAAAUCUUUGCAAAAAGCUUUUUUUAGUGGCUGCUCAAAUUUGGAUACAGUGCCAAGUCUCUCAUGUAAUGUUAAAAGUUUAUGCUUAGACGGAACUGCAAUUAGAGAAUUGCCUUCAUCAAUCAAGAAUCUAUCCAAAUUAUAUUUUUUGGAUCUUAGUGGUUGUAAAAGGCUUAAGAGUCUUCCUAGCAGCAUUUGUAAGUUGGAGUCUCUUGUGUAUCUGACUCUUAUGCAUUGCUCAAGGCUUGAGAAUUUGCCAAGCAGUAUUUUUAGUUUGAAUGCUCUUAAACAUAUUGAUCUCUUUGGUUGCUCAAGUCCUAAGAUAGUUUCAAGCUUCCCAUGUAAUAGUGAGAGUUUACAUUUAGAUGGAAGCACGAUACAAGAACUACCCUUGUCAAUUCGAGGUGUCACGUAUCUAAAUCUAUCCUAUUGUUGUAUCACUGAGUUACCCAGCAGUCUUGGCCAAUUAACCUCACUAAAAUAUUUACAUUUAGGCAGAAACAAAUUUGAGAGAAUACCGGCAAGCAUCAUAAAUCUUUCUCAUUUGUUAUUACUUAACUUGUGCGACUGUGAUAUGCUUAAAUCCUUACCAGAGCUUCCAUCGAGCAUAACAUGUAUAGAUGCACAUAAUUGUAAAUCACUUGAAUUAUUAUCUGGUUUAUCGUCAACUACAUGGAGGCUUGAUAGAGUUGAUUUCAUCAAUUGUUUAAAACUAGACCAAAGUGCCCUUGAAGACAUUGCGAAACCAGCUCCACCAAAUCUUAGCCACCGUGGUCCAACUGUACCAAUGGGUAUCCCGCACUAUUCAAAUCACUAUUUAUGCUUUCCUGGAACUUCAAUUCCAAAGUGGUUUACCUCCACCUUCCGAAGUGAGGGAUCAUCUAUAGAGCUGGCACUUGGCUAUUUGAAUGAUGACGUAGUGGGUUUUUCUUUCUGCAUUGUUUUAUCACUUGGAGACGAUCAUGAUCCGACCAAAAAGUUGAGAGUUGACUGCGAGGUGCAUGUCAAAUCAGAUGGUGAGCAAUAUGAGAAAAGGGCCGAAACGAAUAGGAAAGUUUGGGGUCUUUGGUCGUCUUUUGACUCAGACCACCUAUUCUUGGCAUGCGCAGAUUUUUGGUAUUCGUCCACUUGGUUUUCUACCAAUAGUAAAGUUUUGUUUCAAUUCUAUAUUAGAGAUUUUAACGAACAUUUUGGUAGAUGUCUUGAAUGUUAUGAGGUGAAAGAGUGUGGCAUCCUGUUUGAUGUUCUACCAGCGGACCUAAAAAUGAAACAUCAACUACAACGUUACUAUUGUCAAUACUAAUGUUUUUGCACAUUCAAUCA